AUGAACCAACAAGCGACCUUUCAUCACCUGUGCAAAUCUCCUGGUGCUACUGCUGCUGUUGCACAGGUCGUCGAGUGCGCCGUGGCCAACACGUGGCGUCUACCGGUGGUGUGGGAGCUAGUCUCCGGACACCUCCGGGUAGUCGCCAAGGCCAGGGAGCCGGCAAAGCGAGAGUACGCGGUGCGGGCGCUCCGCGAGCUCAUCGUGGACGGCGUGCAAAGGCUCCACCCCCUCCCGGCCGCGUCCUCCCCCGCUCCUCCAGACGGCAGCACCGACAACACCGCCCCUCCCGAAGCCAUUAGCACCGGCACCGGUCCCACUCCUCCGGCGAAUGCCCCUUCCCCUCCACCGGGAAGCAGCCCUAGCAGUGCUGCCAACGCGACAACCACAACAACGUCGGGCGGCGGCGGCGGCGGCGGCGGCGGCGGCGGCGGCGGCGGCGGGACAACGGCCGCCCCCCCUACCCCAAGGGGAGGGAACGGCCACCCCAGCGGGCAGGAAGAAGGGUUCCUUCCGAACUUUCUGGGUCUGCGAGCCCGCCUCGAAGGGUUUGGAGAAGAAGAUGCGCCGUUUCGGUGGGUGUUCGACUGCGACGUUGGAGGCGUCUUCUUGGCGGUCCGGGGCAGGGCGGCGAGGAGGACAACCGUCGGGGGCGGGGAGGCCUUCGAGGGGGUCUUGUUCCGGACCAUGGGGCUGUUCGCGCUGACGCCCCACGUGGACACGAGGGAGGCCACCCUGCAGAGUCUCUACACCAUCCUGCAGGCGAGGCGGGAGCCACAAGUGCUAGAUUCCGCCUGGCCCGUCAUCUUGAACCUCUUGCUGUCAGUCGCGAAGGGGGCCACCAGCGCCGCCCCCUCUCCCCCCUCCCCAAGAACGCCUGCCGCGGUGGCGGCUGCCGCCGAGUCAAAGGGCGGCGACACCGACAACGACGCGGCGGCAGGGGAGUACGAUGAGGAGGAAGACAGCGGCGCGGCCGAGAUGAGGCCGGUGGUGUGGGGCGGAGCCUGCCUGUCCCUCUCGUUCAAGUGCCUCCAGCUUGUGGUGGACGACUUCUUGGAGAGGUUGCCGAGGGAGCAGGUGCCCAGGCUGGUCACGUGCGCGGGAGCCUUCGGGGCGCAGACGGAGAGCGUCAACCUUAGCCUCACCGCCAUAGGGAUGCUAUGGACCGUCUGUGACACCUUCGCGGACGCCACGGCUAGCGGAAACGCGGCCCUGGCGGCCCCGGGGGGUAACAAGGACGUCUUACCGCCUAGCGGAAACAUCGUCCCAACCGGGGGAGGAAAGGACGUCCUGCCGCCGCCGGCGUUGUCCGGCCCAUCCUCUUCUUCCUCUGGACACAAGGCCUCCUCUUCCUCUGCGCACAAGGCGAGGCCGUCAUUGCGCUCGCUGUGGCCCACCAUGCUGUUCCAGCUCAGGAGCCUGUCGGUGGACUUCAGGCCGGAGCUGAGGAACUGCGCGGUGAACACGCUCUUCUCCGCCGCCGUCGGGAACGGCGACGGGUUGAGCGAGUCGGACUGGAAACAGUUCUUGCAGGAGGUCACCUUCCCGCUCAUCGAACAGGUGCUCGAGAGCACCAACAGUGCUAGCAGGGGCGCCAACACUGCGGUGGCGCCAGAGCUGAAGAAGGGCGUGCGCAUGCUCAUGCACCACACCAGGGACACGGACCAGAAGCAGUGGAACGAGACCAGGGUGUUGAUGAUGCAGGGUCUCGGACGAGUCCUUCGAGCCUACGUUACGGUGCUGUCCUCCUGGGACUGGUUCUCCGGAGAAGGGGGCGUGUGGACCAAGUCCCUUGAGGUCUACCGGGACGCGUGCCUAGUGGGCAGCGACAGCCAGGAGGUGUCCCUGAGCGGGGUCGACGGAAUCACCACCAUGGUGCUGCUCGUCGGCAGGAUGGGCCUCAAGUCCGUACAGGUUAGAGCCGGCGCGGGAAUGAAGAUCGUCGACGGGACCCUCCAGAGGUCUUCGCAGCAACCCGCGAGGGCGGGAGGAAGGAGGGAGGGAAACAAUUCCAACAACAACCCAGCCGCCGAGCGGGGGAGGGAGGGGGCUGAGACGGAGACGACGCCUCAGUUUUCGGCGGCGAGACCGGCGCUGUACGCGAUGGCAUGGGCGGCGAUGCUGGAGGCGUCCAGGUUUGAGACGGACUCCGACGGGGACGUUGCCGCCGCGUUUGUGCAGGGGCUCGCGGCCGUCUACAAGGCAGGGGUGGAGGAAGGGGCGGAGCUAUGUCCCGGGCAGGAGGGAGAGGACGAGAGGAUGCGACAGCUGUUCGAGACGCUGGACGGACUGUUUCCUCCGCGCGUUGCCCCGGCCGCCGGUAGUGGUGGUUGUGCCCCUCAAGCCACCGACCCGCGGCGCGCCGUGUACAUGCCAAAGGUCACGCCGGGGCAACGCGCUAUCUUAGAGUUCUUGCAGGACGACCUGCGCACGGGAUGGCGAUUGGCCGUGAGGUUGCUCGCCAAGUACAGCGUCGUCGUUGACGGUAGCGAGGAGGCAUCGCCCGCGGCGGCGGCUGCUGCGGCUGCCGGGCCUGGCGGUGUGAGCGUUGAGUGCGUGAGGGAAGCGGCCGCUGCCCUGUCGUCCGUGAUGUCGAACGGGAGGGUGCCGAAGCGGGACAGCGCUGUAGCCUUGGAAGGGCUGCUGUUCGACGUGUCCGCCCCUUGUAUUCGGAGAUUGGAAGGCCUGCGGAAGCACAAGUCGGGGCCGGAUAGUGCAGCAGCUGCAGCAGAAGCACCGCCAACACAGCUGUCGGCAGCAGCGAUGCCGGGGGCCGCCGUGGCAAGCGCGACUGACCUGCCGGUGUCGAGUUGGCCGUCCCUGGAUUGCUUCUCGGAGGUCAUGCGGCUGGUGCUGGCUCUGCUGAACGAUGGUCUCCCCAGCGUUGCCGACCGGGCAUCCUUCCAGCAGGCCGAACGCGAUCAAGAGAGAGACAAGCGCCUCGUGAGCUGUCUCAAGGUGGCCAUCAAGGGGAUCGGUGCCGUCGCCGAGUGCCGGAGGCUAAAGAUGGGUUUCCUGAAGAAGGACUUGUCCCUGGGGUCCCGGCAAGCGGCGGGAUCGGAGACGACGACGUCGGGGCGAGGUCAGGGCGCGAACGGCGGCGGACGGGGGUUUCCGCUGCUGUUGCGCGAAGCGUUGAUGCUUGUGACGCGCACGGUGCGCUCCGAGCUGGUUCCGCUGGUGCACGAGGGCUCCGAAGACGCUCGGGACGCGGCCCGCGCUCUGAUAGACACCCUCGGUGCCAUCGCCCUCGUCUCAGCGGUGGACACGCCGCAACCACCAACACCAACACCGUCGAGGGAAGCAGCACACAGCACCAGCGGCGGCAGCAGCAGCGCCAACAGCUCUGGUGACAGUUAUGCUGCUGCCGCAGAUAGCGAUCGCGCGGUCGAGAACAGCGCGUCUUCGGACGCGUUCGGUCUUGCCGUACAUGAGCUGGCCGCGAUGUGCUCGGAGGGUUCUUCUGCUGGGGGCUGGGCGCAGCUUGGUCUCCCGCUCAGGCGACGGGCGUGUUGGCACCUCUUGAGGUGCGUCUGGUCGACCACACACCGCUUUAGGAAGCUAGAAGACGAGGUGGAUGCUGCUGAUGCUCCUGCCCGAACACCACCGGAAGACAUGGCUCGACUGAGGUCUUCCCUGGCGCUUAGGGCUGACAGGUGCGCUUCCGUGCUAGCCACCGUGGGAAAAGUGAGGCUACCCCCCACCCUCCUGACACCGCGGUUCAAGAAGCUCGUGGCCACCAAGCAGGGGCAGGACAACCUCCCGCUCGUCAACACCCAAGCAAGAGCUGCGACCACGGGAUCGCCGGCUCUGGCAGGUGCCGGUGGCGUCGAUGGGGACGGCGAGCAAGCAGGCCCCGAGGAUGCCGUGUGGGCUAGCAUGGCCGAAGAAGGGGAGCAAAACGCGGCCGUGGACAGCAGCAUCCUCGGCGUCGAUGCGACGUCGAGGAGCGAAGCCGUCGAAGGUGGGGGUAAGGAGGAGGGGGGUUCCGCAGGAGGAGGAGGAGGGAGAGGUGGGCGGGAGCACCUGAUAUUGUUGUGCCGAGCCCUCCUGACGUGCUCGGCGUCUAGGACGGAGCGCGUGCGGAGCAGCACAGCGUUGCUCCUGGCCGACGCCGACAUCCCGGGAGCGCUGGAUGCCUUGCAGUAUGAGGUGGCGUCUUUGAGGCGAGCGCUGCGACAAAGAGAAGCCCAGCUCACCCAAAAGGACAGCCAGAUGGACGACCUGCGAGCGCAGGUUGCCGCCGGGGCAUUCAUGUAGAACAAUGCAGUUGUCAGCCGCAACAAGGCCCUUCCCCCUCGCAUCCUUGUCAGGACCCGUUCUUGGUAGUGGGUAAAUGAGUGUAUUUUUGUGAGACUUGCUCCUGUGUGACCCCAGCUGAUUCGUUCGCACGCCCAAAGGUGCAUUAUUGUGUAGACUGGCGCCAGAGUACAGAGGGGGUCCCUGUUUAGUGCCGGUUGAAUGGUGCCAAUGCCCGGUAUAGUGCCGGUGUUUUCAGCGGGCACGCACUGAAUUUUCAACUCAUUUUCAACACUUUGAAUAGUGCCGGUUCGGUAAAGUGCCAGUGAAUUUGCUGGGCACAUAUCGGCGCUAAACAGGGACCGCCUCUGUAGAUGGGACGGGCGCGAGCAGACGGUCCACUUGUAUGUAUGCACUGCUCUAGGCAUUGCCAUCUAUUCAAUGAUUUUCUCUAGAACCGUGCCUCUUGUCGGAUAUAAGCCAUUCACAUCGACGGCGGCGUCAUCCCACGUAUACUGUUUACCCAACAAGACAUCGGCCGUCAAGUGUGUGAGCGUGUGUGCUACAAUACAACUAUGCGGUGUCGAUCGACCUCUGUUCGAUGGCGUCACCCGUUGUAUGGGUGCAUUCCAAGUCUGGAUCUGGAGACAGUUGUGGUUGCGUGCAUGCACAUGCCGGGUUGGGUUCGGCCAAAAAGGUUUGGUGUUUCGUGAGCUACGCUACUUGUUUUUCCGUGUAACCCGUGACGCAGCUUCUACAGGAGGCAAGGGUGACUCUUUUUUUUUCACGGUGAUUUAGCCUUGAUAAUUGCGCGGGAGGCCUUCUCGCACUACUCGAAAUUCCUUUUGGGUUUUUGCAAUCCUCGUGACGUAUUUAACCCUUGGGUCAAAGCAUCGUAGCACUGGGAUGCCGGCCUCAAUAGCUUGUGGCGUUUCGUCUUUUGUGCAUGCUUUUUGUUGGUCAAGUCCUCAGUGAUUUUAUCUGGCCUUCUUGUAGUAGUUGUGCCGCAAAGCGACGUAGUGGAGGUCCUUGAACAGAUAGCGGACAAGAGCAACGACGGAGAUUGAGUCUCUUCCUACUUACC